GAAAACGCGUCGGUGGAACAACAGGUGCUUUCCCUCAUUUCAGAUAACUCUUAUGCUCUUUCGCUCCAAGUCUCUCUCUCUGCGCAGCGCACAUAUUCCGCCUUGUGAGCGGCAUAUCCUGUUGAAUGGACUUCGCGGCUCCGGCGGAACUCGAAAGUUGUUGCAUACUCUACGGCAUUGGUCGUUCUCCGCCGUACUGAUACCGUUAGUCGUGCGUAUCCGGACAGUCGACGUUCAGCCUUCAGUUCGCACGGUUCGGCAAGCGGUGUCAAGCUGGAAAGAUAGCGCCAGAUAACACCAACCAACCAAUAUAAUCGGACAUAAUCCCGAGUGCCGAUCGAGAAUUCUUGACGGGCGUACGUGUGUGUGUGUGUGUGUGCGAGUGUGUGUGUCAGUCAAGUGUGUGCUUACCACAAGCAUAUAUGUAUAUAUAUAUGGCAUAUGUAUCAAUCAUUUAAGCAGUGACUUUAAUGCUGUAAUUUCGCCUGAUUGAUGGCUGGACAUGACUCUGGGUCGCGUUUUCCGCGAUGCCUGAAUCUGAAAUCCAGCGAGUUCCUCAGUCCGUAUGAACAUGCUUAAAUUGCCGCAUUUAAUAUCGAAGAAGUGUAUUAGCAGAAUGCUGCAUUGCCGUAGUCGGGCAAUUUAUUGCCGUACCAGCAACUAAGAAUCUUUCGCUGAAAAGAGGAAGCAACCAUCCACCAACCAUUCAUUCACCUACACACCACACCCAUUUGGUUUCCUAAUCAUCCUCGUUCCAAUGACAAAUGCAAUGCGGGCGAUUGCUGCAAUCGCAGCAGGAGUGGGUUCAGUGGCCGCCACGGUCGCAACCAGCACCACCAGUUCCAUCAGCAGUAGCGCCACCAUCAUCAACACCAGUAGCGCCACCACCAUCGGCGGGAAUCACACCAGUGGGAGCACCGGAUUCUCCACAAAUUCCACGCUGCUGGACGCCGAUCAUCUGCCGCUGCAGCUCACGACCGCCAAGGUGGACCUGGACAUUGAAAUCGACAUCCAACUGCUGACAAAUGGCUACGAUGGCACAACGUUGACAUCGUUCUACAAUGAGAGCAGCUGGACAAAUGCGUCUGAAAUGGAUACAAUAGUUGGCAUCUUCCUAUCGGUGCUGAUAUUCCUUUCGGUGGCCGGAAACAUCCUGGUGUGCCUGGCCAUCUACACGGAGCGCAGCCUGCGCCGGAUCGGCAAUCUGUUCCUGGCCUCGUUAGCGAUUGCGGAUCUCUUCGUGGCCUCGCUGGUGAUGACCUUCGCCGGUGUCAACGAUUUGCUGGGAUAUUGGAUCUUUGGAGCGCAAUUUUGUGAUACUUGGGUGGCCUUUGAUGUCAUGUGCUCGACGGCGUCAAUUCUGAACCUGUGCGCCAUCUCGAUGGACCGCUACAUUCACAUCAAGGAUCCGCUCAGAUACGGCCGCUGGGUGACACGACGCGUGGCUGUCAUCACCAUCGCCGCCAUUUGGCUGCUGGCCGCGUUCGUCUCCUUUGUGCCCAUCUCGUUGGGCAUCCAUAGGCCCGACCAGCCGCUGAUUUUCGAGGACAAUGGCAAAAAGUAUCCAACAUGCGCCCUGGACCUCACGCCCACCUACGCCGUCGUGUCCAGCUGUAUCAGUUUCUACUUCCCCUGCGUGGUCAUGAUUGGCAUCUACUGUCGGCUAUACUGCUAUGCCCAGAAGCACGUGAAGUCCAUCAAGGCGGUAACUCGACCAGGUGAGGUGGCCGAGAAGCAGCGGUACAAGAGCAUCCGGCGCCCGAAGAACCAGCCCAAAAAGUUCAAGGUGCGCAACCUGCACACCCACAGUUCACCGUAUCACGUAUCCGACCACAAGGCGGCCGUCACGGUGGGCGUGAUCAUGGGCGUGUUCCUCAUCUGCUGGGUGCCCUUCUUCUGCGUCAACAUCACGGCCGCCUUCUGCAAGACCUGCAUCGGCGGACAGACCUUCAAGAUCCUCACCUGGCUGGGCUACUCGAACUCGGCCUUCAAUCCGAUCAUCUACUCGAUCUUCAACAAGGAGUUCCGCGACGCCUUCAAACGCAUCCUGACCAUGCGCAAUCCGUGGUGCUGUGCCCAGGAUGUGGGCAACAUUCAUCCGCGGAACAGCGAUCGCUUCAUCACGGACUAUGCCGCCAAGAAUGUGGUGGUGAUGAACUCGGGCCGCUCGAGCGCCGAACUGGAGCAGGUGUCUGCGAUUUGACCAAAAGGCUGUCUGAAUCUCACUGGCGGCGGAGCCACCUGGCUGCCCUGCGGAUGCGGCGGUCUGCGCGUAGACGACGA